UGCAGACACAUCCUAGAAUCAUCCGCACGGCCCCGGCGAACAACGUUCAACCAGCUCCCUGGUCCAUCCCCGGAGGAUUGGGAGACCGUCGCACACCAUCCAGACAGACCGAACCAGCGUCGAGGCAUAGCUCCAGUUGAGCAAGGAAGCAGACACACUAACCAAGCCUUUGCGCUACCGCCAGAAGGACUAGACAACAGCCCGUCAACGCGUUUCCAACACGUCCCAAUCUCCAUCGAAAGGUUCGUAGGUUUUCGUCUCUAA